AUGAAAUUGUAUGAACAACCAACUAAGGAUAAUAUAAUGGAUGCUACGCCAAAUAGGAUUUAUAAAAUUGAUUAGUAUUCUAUAUUUAUAAAAUUAGAUUAUUUAAGCAAUCUUUUGACCAAUUUAAUCCACUCCAUCAAGCUUAUGUUGAAUUUUCACUUACAAAAUUUAACUUAUAAUCUCUCUAGUAAAUUUUCAAGUGGAACAUCAGAAAUUUGACAUUUCAGGCAAAUAUCAAUUCACAAUAAAUAAUUAUGAUGAUAUAUUUCUAAGAUUUUGCAUGA